GUCGACCACAAACAGUUGACCAACAGAAAAAAUACUCAUUCUUUGCUUGAUCUGUGAAGAAAAAGUUUCGAUCUUGGAAAUCAAGAAAUCCAAGAAAGAUGCAUGAUUUCUGCUUCACAAUCCCUUAUGGUUUGGUUCUUGUGAUUGGAGGGGUUAUUGGGUAUUUGAAGAAAGGGAGUAUGGCAUCAUUGGGAGGUGGUGCUGGCACUGGAUUGGUUCUUAUCUUUGCUGGAUACUUGAGUCUUAAAGCUUUUGAGAAGAGGAAGAAUUCAUUUCUUGGCUUGGCUAUCGAAACUGUUUGUGCAGCCAUACUGACAUUUGUGAUGGGGCAACGCUAUAUGCAAACCUCUAAGAUAAUGCCUGCUGGUAUUGUUGCUGGUAUCAGUGCUCUUAUGACUCUAUUUUACCUGUACAAAAUCGCGGCUGGUGGCAACCACAUUCCAGCUAAGGCUGAGUGAAGGCUUUUGAGGGUUUUUAUAUAACUGAUUUCAAUAGAUGCACUGAGAUUGUAGAAACUCAUAUAUUUGUGUCGAGGAAUUUUAAAAUUUUUAACUGAUUUGUACCAGUGUGUGCUGAAGCUAUUAAAUGUAUGAGGCAAAAUGUUGUUCAAGAGUAAAGUACAACCCCAUUUCUGGCUCA